GUUUGUAAUAUUGUUUAUAAUAGAAUUGUGGGCGGAGUCAUAAGCGCUAUGGAAACAAAUGCGCCACACUUUAUGUUUUCACAAGCAACAACAUACAAUGGGCGCAUACAAUGUAAAUAAAUGAAAUAUCUCGCCAGUUCGCUCACACACGUUUGGCAAUCAAGUUCAAAUACACUCACAAUCAACACAAAUAUAUAUUAACACCUGAGCGUUGAGGCGAAGCUGAUGGCGUUUGUGCAACAUCCCUUUAUUUUGAGUAACCAACGCCAUGGGUUGUAUGUGCAUGCAAGUGGUUGUGUGGGCUUAUAUGAGUAAAGUAGAAAAUCCGGUUUUUGAGUUAACACUCAAUAAAAGUUCCACUCAAAACUCAAAAUCGCACACACACACACAUGCAAACUGAUAAUACCAGCUGCAACACUAAACCACCCCAUAAGAGGCCACCAUUUGUACUCGAAAUUUUGGAGUAUGCCCACUGAGUUGGAAAUUGAGUUCGGCAUAAUUUUUAAGAUUUUAACACUCAUACGCUUUGAGUGGAUUGCUUCGUGCAUAUGGCACAUGGGACACGGCUCAGCAACCACUAUCAGCUACUAUUGGCGUUAUUGUUUUCCUUUUAUAACUGGUGAUUUCAGUACGUUCGAGCAUCUCAAAGCGUAAAUAUUCGGCGUGUUAGAGCAAUUGUGUUGUUGUGUGCGCGACGCAAAUGCUUAUUGUAUUGUUCAAACACAAUUUAAUGAAAGAAAAAAAAAACAACAAUUCAAUAAAAUUUAAUUUUAAUUUGAUAGAAAAAUAGAACAGAAAUUUAAUUGAAAUAAGAAAUAGAGUACAAUAUUACAGCUGGAAUAAAUUUCAGAAUACACAAAUGUCGCGCCCGAAGUGCUCACGUAUUUAAGAAAGUGUGAAUUUGUUUGAAAAAAAGAAAUAGAAAAAAAUUAAAAUAAAAGCAGCUUUGAUAAGAUCACCAGAAUAUGGUCACCUUAAUGCCAUACAGUUAUUCUGCACCAAGAUGUGGUCUAAUUGAGAAAAUGAUUGAACCAAAGGUUAAACGUCCCAAAACAGAGCAACCGGAUACAAAUGAUCGAAAUCGUCUUUGCUCUCAAGCCACCGCUCAAUCGCCCCAUCAUCAUCAGCAGCUGCAGCAACAGCAACAACAACACCACCAAUCACAGCUGCCCCAACACCAUACUUCACAACUUCAUUCACACUCCCUGCCACAUACACAAUCGCCACUGAGCACAGCUACCACAGCUUCCUCAGCCGCAACCGGUCAAUGCAGUCCGCUAACGCUCCCGCCACAGUCGCAACCACUACAGCCAACCAUAACUUCAUUGUCAUCACUCAGUGGACAUUACAAUACGGCGCCCAACCUGAAUUCCAGUUGCAGCCUGUCUUCCGGGCUAAGCGCCUACCCCUCGUCUCUCAAUGCCAAUGCUGCAGCGUCAUUUACACAAUCGCCCGGCAGUAGCUUUUCGACAUAUCAGCACCCACAUUCUGCGGCUGAAGGUGGAUCUGAUGGUGGCGUUGAUGCCAAUCUGAAUAGUUCAGGGACGACGAGUGCGGGGCGUCAUGGUGAUUUAGGUGUUAGCGGAGGUGUUGCGGGCAUGUCGCAUUGGUUACCAGCGGAGACGCAUCUGACAUCUGUUAAAUCAGAGAAUCGUAGCCCGGGUCUUAAUAACAGUGGCGGAGGCAGCGGUGGCGGUGGUUCAGCCAAUGUAAAUGCAAGUAGCGCUGGCAUUGAGGCGCAAUCUACUUUGGGUGCCGGUAGUGUCGGACAGUUGGAUGGUAACGGUGCCUUGACGGGCAAUGGCGGUACAACAAGCUCAAUCUACAGUUGCUCUUCGGUCGGCGUUAGCGGGUUGAGCGGCAUGGAGAGCAGUGUGGCGGGCAUUGGCGCCAACUCUUCAUCCAGCGCUGCCAUGGCGGCGGUUAACUCAUCGGCUGCUGCCGCAGCUGCCGCGGCAGCAUACGAUACCAGCAAACACGAUUACUAUAACUACUACAACAGCAUGCAGCAGUACACGCCGCCCUUCUACUCCACCUACGGUACGCCUUACACAACGGCGGCGGCGCGCGCAGCUACGAAAAUUGAACCCAGUUCGCCAUACUUGACGUCGUCCUAUGCGAGUGCGGCAGGUAAUAGCAACUCAACGCAGCUAUAUCCAACUGCUUAUGGAUACAAUAACUUUGCACAGUUCGGCUCAGCAGCGGCAGCGCAACAGGACUACGGCGGCUACUAUAAUGAUCAAUAUGGCAACUAUUACAAUCCGGCAAGCUACUCGCCAUACGCCGCCGUUAGUUCACCCAGUUCAAGCGCUGCUAGCCAUGGUUUCCAUGUAGGCGCUUCCAAUUUGUCAGAGAGUCCCACAGAUACACACUCGACUACACCAGUUCUGCACUCUACACACUCACCACACUCGCCCCUACCGAUCUCGCCAAAUGCCAGCGCUGCAGCGCUUAGCACAAAUUCAGCGGCUGCAACAACGGCUGCUCAUGCCAAGAGUACGCCAACUAGUAAAAGUGGACGCUCACGUGGUCGACGCCAUCAACAGCCGAGUCCAACACGCAGCACCACAUCGGACACACCAAACAGUGAUGCGGCCAAGCCGCCAGAACGCGUCUUCAUCUGGGAUCUGGAUGAGACAAUAAUCAUUUUCCAUACGCUACUCUCCGGUUCCUUCGCCAAUCGCUAUACCAAAGACCAAAGCACGCUACUGACAAUCGCCUUUCGCAUGGAGGAGAUGGUCUUCAACAUGGCCGAUACGCAUUUCUUCUUCAAUGAGAUAGAGGAGUGUGAUCAGGUACACAUUGACGAUGUGUCUUCCGAUGAUAAUGGACAAGAUUUGAGCAAUUACAAUUUCGCUACGGAUGGUUUUCAUUCAGGCGCGCCACCAGGUGCACCACCUAAUCUCUGUCUUCCGACGGGAGUACGCGGCGGUGUCGAUUGGAUGCGCAAACUGGCAUUCAGGUAUAGGAAAAUUAAAGAAAUCUACAACACCUACAGGGGAAAUGUUGGUGGUCUAUUGGGUCCCGAGAAGCGCGACGCCUGGCUACAAAUACGCUCAGAUAUCGAGAUGGCUACCGACAAUUGGGCCUCGCUGGCCACAAAGUGUCUGAAUAUGAUCGCCCAACGUGAGAAUUGUGUAAAUGUGUUGGUGACACAGACCCAACUUGCGCCCGCUUUGGCCAAAGUACUACUCUUCGGCUUGGGCGGCAUUUUUUCCAUCGAAAACAUUUACAGCGCACACAAGAUUGGCCAUGACACCUGUUUCGAACGUAUUAUGACCCGCUUCGGUCGAAAAGGUACUUAUGUGGUGAUCGGUGAUGGCACGGAGGAAGAGAACGCGGCGAAAACGUACAACUUCCCUUUCUGGCGCAUAUCGUCGCACAGUGAUAUACGUGCGCUCUACACGGCGCUCGAUAUGGGUUUCUUAUGAAAGACGCGUUGCUCCUCACUAUAUUUAUAUAGCACGAUUAUUACAUUAUUAUUGUAAAAAAAAUAAGAA